GCCUUCUCUUUUGUGCCCCUUCCCCGCCUCGUCCUUACUUUGAUUUGGAGCUUUUCUGCCGGCCCAUCCUCCCCUUCCGUCCGCUUCCCGGGGCACAACAAUGCCGCCUGCCCGCCCCUCCCCGGCACCGCACCCUGCCGCUCGCCGCCUUCCACGUCCCGCCCGCCCCGCGCUCUCCGCCGUGUGUGCCUCCGUCCGUGUCUGCUCGAAGCCGGCUUUCCGGAGAAUUGGAAUCGAAAGCCUGCGCGGCCGCCGGCGGGGUGCAAAUGGAGAAGACGGAGGUGGAGGAAAGGCGAGGGGUUCAGCUACCGCAGGGCUCCGCGUGUUGGUUUGUUUCACUCCCUGGCCGAGGGCUUUUAUCUCUUUUUCUGUCUAGCGGGCCAACCGAUCGUGCCCUCGGUCAAGGAUUUGUCGUACAAAGACUCAGAAUGGCCUUUUCACAGUCAGGUCGAAAAUCUUGGGUGAGGAAGGGCUCACACCAACCCGUCCUGACCCAGGGCCCACCCUGACCUGCUGCGGGGGCACCUAGGAAAGAAGAAACAAAGUCCCGCCAUCACCUGGACACGUAUAUUUAUACCUUCCCACGUUGGGAAAACCUUGCAACGACAAAAAUCAUGGAACCAUAUUUAGAAAACCUGCCUUUCCACUUCAAAGUGACUGCUGUUGAAAUCCCCAUAUUUCGGAAUGCCUGAGUGCUGGCACGUUGUCCAAAGGUCGCCCAUUCUGAUUGAGUACCUUUAUGGUAACCCUGCAAUUCCUUGGUACUGUUACAUGCAACAUCUAACUGAUGAGGCAUGGAGAGUAGAAAGCUCAUUUCUGCAACUGACAUUCAGUACUCCGGCAGUCUGCUGAAUUCCUUGAAUGAGCAACGUGGCCAUGGACUCUUUUGUGAUGUUACUGUUAUUGUGGAAGACCGAAAAUUCCGGGCCCACAGGAAUAUUCUUUCAGCUUCAAGUACAUACUUCCAUCAGCUCUUCUCAGUCGCUGGGCAAGUUGUUGAACUGAGCUUUAUAAGAGCAGAGAUCUUUGCAGAAAUUCUCAAUUAUAUUUAUAGUUCUAAAAUUGUCCGUGUUAGAGCGGAUUUACUUGAUGAAUUAAUUAAAUCAGGGCAGUUAUUAGGAGUGAAAUUUAUAGCUGAGCUUGGUGUCCCACUGUCACAAGUUAAAAGCAUCUCAGCUACCCCUCAGGAUGGUAGUGCUGAAACCUUACCUCCUGGUUCUAGUGACAAAAACCUUGAAAUACAAAAAUCAAAAGAUGAAGCCCAGGAUAAUGGGGCUGCUAUAAUGCCUAUUAUAACAGAGUCUUUUUCAUUAUCUGCUGAAGAUUAUGAAAUGAAAAAGAUCAUUGUUACUGAUUCAGAUGAUGAUGAUGAUGAUGUCAUUUUCUGCUCUGAGAUUUUGCCUGCAAAGGAGGCUUUGCCGAGUAACAACGCAGUGACACAGGUCCAGCCUAACCCGGGUCCUGUUGCUAUGUCAGAUGUUGCACCUUGUGCUAGCAGUGACUCUCCCCCUUUAUCUAGUGUCACACCUACUCAGAAACUUCCCACUCCCGUCAGUCAGGCAACUCUGAGCCAGACACAGGGAAGUGAAACGUUGCUGGUAUCUUCAGCUCCAACACAUCUGACUCCCAACAUUAUUUUGUUAAAUCAGGCACCACUUACUACACCACCAAGUGUCAGUUCUUCACUUCCAAAUCAUAUGUCCUCUUCAAUCAAUGUACUUGUGCAGAACCAACAAACACCAAAUAGCACCAUGUUAACGGGACACAAAGCCAAUGAAGAGGAAGAAGAGGAAAUUAUAGAUGAUGACGAUGACGACACUAUUAGCUCCAGUCCAGACUCAGCAGUCAGUAAUACAUCGUUGGUCCCACAGGCUGAUACCUCCCAAAAUCCCACUUUUGAUGGAUCGUUGAUACAGAAGAUGCAGAUUCCUACAUUUCUGCAAGAACCACUUUCCAAUUCUUUAAAAAUUUCAGAUAUAAUUACUAGAAACACUAAUGAUACAGGCUUAGGAUCAAAACAUCUAAUGGAGGGCCAGAAGAUCAUUACUUUAGAUACAGCUACUGAAAUUGAAGGCUUGUCUACUGGUUGCAAGGUUUAUGCAAAUAUUGGUGAAGAUACUUACGACAUAGUGAUCCCUGUCAAAGAUGACCCUGAUGAAGGGGAGGCCAGACUUGAGAACGAGAUACCAAAAACUUCGGGCAGUGAGUCAACAAGCAAACGUAUGAAAGUAAAACAUGAUGAUCAUUAUGAGUUAAUAGUAGAUGGAAGGGUCUAUUAUAUCUGCAUUGUGUGCAAAAGGUCAUAUGUCUGUCUGACAAGCUUACGGAGACAUUUUAACAUUCAUUCUUGGGAGAAGAAGUAUCCGUGUCGCUACUGUGAGAAGGUAUUUCCUCUUGCAGAAUAUCGCACGAAGCAUGAAAUUCAUCACACAGGAGAGCGAAGGUAUCAGUGUUUGGCAUGUGGCAAGUCUUUCAUCAACUAUCAGUUUAUGUCGUCACACAUAAAAUCAGUUCACAGUCAGGAUCCCUCUGGUGACUCAAAACUUUAUCGCUUACAUCCAUGUAAGUCUUUGCAGAUCAGACAGUAUGCCUACCUUUCUGAUAGGUCAAGCACUAUGCCCGGAGUGAAAGAUGGCGGUACUGGUUAUAAGGUUGACGCUGGAAAAGAACCUCCAGUAGGGACUACAUCUACUCAAAACAAGCCAGUGACCUGGGAAGACAUUUUUAUUCAGCAGGAAAAUGAUUCAAUUUUUAAACAGAAUGUAACAGAUGGCAGUACUGAGUUUGAAUUUAUAAUACCAGAAUCUUACUGAACUUCUUUGAAAUGGCAGAAAGUUUUCGUUUGGAUUAAUGGGCAGGGAUUUCAGACCUGUAAAACCAGUUAAAGUGAAACAAGUCAAUUUGAUCAGCCACAUCUGAAGGUAGCCUAGUUGGAUUAUAUGUUAAUACUUAGAAACAAAUUUUUCUGAAAGUUUGAGUAGAGGUUGAGAAUCCCCUCUCCAAGUAUGUUUGUAUAGUUAGCUUUCACCUCAUUGAAGAGGCAAAAGUAAGAAGCUCAGAGAGAUAGUUUUCUGAAUAGAAUUUAAAGCAGUCUGAAUGUUCUUUGAAAAUAACUGGAGUUACUAGCAUACCCUAGUACAUCUUAAAACUUUCCCCUUCCAUGUUAGCACUUUAUUGCUGAUUUUUCAGUUUUCUUAACAUUGAGACUAUAAAUGUGUGUUGUGUCUUGUAUAUGGCAUAAAAAGUAAAGAAGAAUGUCUAAAAUUGUUCUAGAAAAUUUGAGAAUAAAUCUCCACUUGGUUAUGUAUUCUGGUAGUCAAAAUGGAUAGUAACCUCUUGCCUCCCUGCCCCAAUGAAAAUAGCCACACAGACAAGUCUUUCAUAUGAAGAAUUAGUUUUAGCUAGUUUGAAUUAAUCCUCGCUCCUACUGCCACAGUCUGUAAAAGACUUGGGUCACAGUGCCACUUUCUGUGCCUUUGCAGGGUGGUCUCUAUGGGCAAAAAACUAAUAGAAAAACAGAUCUGUAAUGCAGCGACGGGGAGAUGAAAAGUUCUGUCGCUUUCGUAACAGAGACAGACUGGAAUCAAAUGGAGAUAUUUUUAUUCAUCAUCUUUAAAAAUAUUCCCAUGAAAUGUUGCAAACUUUGCAAUCUGAAAUCCACCAAAUGAAUCUUUAUGCAUAAUCUGUGUAUAAAUCUUUGUAAAUGAUAGUCUAUAGCUGAGACUCCUGUGUGUUUUGGGCUGGAGGCUACAGGCAUAUUUUCAAAUGUUCACAUUACUUAGAAUCUCUUUCUUUUCAGCAGAGUAUUUUGGGUUUUUGUCCCUUCUAAAAUAAAUUACAUUCCACUUGUAAAUCGUUGCAAUAUAGCAGUCGGAACCUACAUAUGGAGUAUUAUAUAGACUUGUCAAUUCCCAUUUAUUGUCACAACAGUAAAUGCCACCUUUCUUCCUUUUAGAAUGAUACAUUUAAACACUUAGAAAAUAAAGUUAAAACUUAAAUGCUAGUACUAAAAGGAAGCAGAUUGGAACAAAUAUAUAUAGUCUAGCAUCUAUAACAAAACUAGCUUGGUGAACUGUAAAUGAUAUUUUGCAAAGGAAAAGAAUAGAUACUAAAAGAUUGUUGUGCAUAGUUAUUAGUCAUUCAUAAACUUUUUAAAGUAUUUCUUGUUCAGCAUAGAUAUUUUCUUCCUCCUUACCAUGUAGUUUUAAAAAUAGUCUUAUUUCUUGAAGUUGAAUUAAAGCUUUAGUCAUAAUUUCUCAUGUCUAUGUCAUUUUUCAAAUGGUAAGCAAGAUUUUAAGAUAUUGGUGUCAGUGCUUUUUAUAUUGGAAGCGGAGAGGAUCAGAUGUCAAUAUUUGCAGUAAUACAAGGAAAAAAGUAAAAUAUCCUUUGCUUACAAAGGUCAAGUUUAUGUGCAUUUAUUGUUUUCUAUUCUGGGAGUCUAAACUGAGCAUUAGAAAAUUUGAAAUUGCCUUAUAAUUUAAGGAUCAGAUCUUUGGAAUCACAGUAUCUUUUUCUUUUCUGUGUAGAUAUUGAUAACAUUAUUCUUUGACAAUAAGGUGCACUCUGAAAUAUUCUCAGUGGAAAUUUGAUUAUCAUUAAUGUUAUUUCACCAGUUGGACAUAGUUCUACCAGUGUGAAUGAUAACUGAUGCCAGCAGGGCUUCCAGACCUUUCAGACUCAACUGCUAGAUGAAUGACUGUCAUAAUAGAACUCAGUAGUUUCUACAAGUCUAUUGUGACAAACCAAGACUUAGUUCUAUAAUGGAAAACUAUCCAUUCUGAGUAAUACUGAUAGAGUUAUUCGGUACUGCUGUGCUGUGUAAAUUCUGAAAACGAAGUGUUAAACUGUGCCUAGUUAAAGUAUCUUCUGGAGUUUGGGAGAGGAGGAAACCUGGAAAGUUAAAUUGCAGUUUUGCCAGAAGACUCUUGCAUAUGUCUCAAGGUCUUCAGAUUUCUUUUUCUUUUUUUUUAAUUUUUACUAUUGGGGAUCAAACCGAGGGGUGCUCUACUACGGAGCUACAUCCCCAUCCCUUUUUACUCUGAGAAGGUCUUGCUCAGGUGGAAGUUGAAUUUGUAUCCUCCUGUCUCAGCCUCCCUCAGUGCUGGGAUCACAGGCAUGUGCUACUGGGCUUGGCUAGGUCUUUGUUUUUCUAGAAUUUCGCCUACCUAAAGUGAGGAGUUCACGUGGAAUAUGCUUUUGGGAUAAAACUCUUGAUUCCCAGUUUCUACUUGAUGGAAAAUUUGUAGCAAGAUGCAAUUUAAACUUACCAUGGGGCUUUUCUGUUUUAUACUUAGCUUUCUAGCUAUUGAAUUUUCUUUUUUCUUUCAGGUUGACUUCAAAUUUGCUGUAAUGCUAAGUUACCCAUAAAUGUGCUAGACAGGAAUUAUUUGAAAUAGUAAAUUUGUUCAAAGAAAUAACAAAAAUAUUCAAACCAGGCAAAGCUUUUAAAAUGCUGUAGCAGUCUUGGAAGAUUUUAGAAAGUAUUUUCAGUGAUUAUCUUUUUGGUGGUAAUGAUUCCUCCCUCAUACACCCACUAUGAGGAAAUGAUGUCAUAUUUUCCCAUUGUACCAAAAAGAUAAAACAGUAAACAUUGCUAAAGGUAUUUUAUAUUGUCGGGCAUACAUAUUCUAAAAAAUUAAAUAUUAACAGUACUGGCUUCCUCACUUCUAUCAUUCAUAUGAACCCUUGUUCUUUUCCUCCCAAUACAGUAUUGUUCAUACUUGUACAAUUUUAUUUGUCAUGACUUUAAGUUCUACUUUUCAGUAAUCAUUAUGUGGUAUUCAUAAAGCUUCUUAUGACAAAAAUAAAAUGAUUUAAUUCUAA